AGAAGAUGAUCUGCAGGAUCCUGCUGCUCAUCAUCCUCACCUCAUGUGUCUCUGGAUCAUUUGUAGUCAAUGUGACACAGACCUCCUAUCAGGCAGAGGAGAACCACAACAUCACACUGGAGUGGACGUUCACCACCAAACCUGACAGAUCCUCCAAAACUCUCAACAUCCUCUGUGAACGCUUCAUCAAUGAUACACUCUCAGUCCUGUUUCAUGUUCAUGAAGGUGUUGAGGUGUCAGAGUCUCAGGAUGAAAAGUUUUCAGGACGAGUCCAGAGUGACAAAGACGCCCUCAGAGAAGGACGAAUCAGACUUCAACUGUCCAGACUCAGGACUGAUGACUCGGGUCUGUACCUGUGUGAGGUCAACACUGAUUAUGGCUUCGGUGUUGGAAGAUGUCGACUCAACGUGACUGCAUUUUCUGAUCAGCUCCAACCUCAGAGACCAACAACAAACUCAACAGCAGAAAAUGAGGGAAUGAUUGGUUUCUACAUUUUAAUGGGAGUGUCAGCAGCUCUGCUGGCUGUGUUUGUAAUACUUUUAUUUUAUUUCAGAAAUAAAGCCAGGACACAGAACUCUGUAGCAGAAGUACAGAUGCUGAGCUUCUUAUAGUAACAACCCAUCAGUACUAACAGGAACCUACAGUCCACACAUCUAUCAGAAAGAUUCAUCACAAAACAUAAAGCUUCAGAAACAAGUUUAUUCUGCUCUAAACUCGUAACCGCCAGAUGACAUUGCUGAUGUAACACCAGGAGAUUUGAGUUAGCUGGUUUAACACAGAAAUUAGUGAACCAGUUUCAUCUGUAAUAUUAAUUUAAAUUUUGUUUAUUAUUGUUUAUUCGUUUUACACCGGGCAGAUAAACAAAAAAGGGGUGAGAGCUAUAUUUUGAGUGGCACAGAGGGUGGCCAACAUAUUUUUUUUGCUUACCUUUAAUAAAGUCCGUCGUGUAGACUCUACGUGA